CUAUGAAGUUUGUUAGCUUGUUUUUAAAAAAAAAAAAUUUAACAAUAACUGGAGAAAUUCCGAUUUUACCUGCACAUGUGAGGUCACUCACUGUCCGGGACCGCGAUUGUUAUUUGAAAAGGUUAACUUUAAUGGCCGAAACCAGAUUGGCGACCCGCACACAUUUUUACUCAAAGGAUGGACGAUCUGACAGGAUUCCCUUCGGUUGAGUGACUCACAUCUAACCUGUAAAGACAAACUCACCUUGUCUAGUCGUGAAGAUUAGAGGCAGCACUGACGAGGCUGAGGCACUGAGAAGGAUGCUGAGGGCACGUCGCUCUACCAGCCCCGUCAAGGGGGCAUCUACCCAGCGCAGUCCCACCAGACACUCACCUGUUAAAGGUGGCACGUACGAUUCAGAGCUAAUGAGGGUGUUACGAGAAAGAGAUGAACUGCAAAACAUGUUGGAGAAACACGAGCGGCACCUCUCAGAAAUCCAGGCCAAUGUUAAAGUGCUCACAGCUGAACGGGACAAGACCAGAAUGCACUACCAGCAGGCUCAAGAGGAGAUAGCAGCUCUACGACGGGAGGUCAUGAUGUCAAAGGCCGCACGAGGGCCCAAGAGCAGUGUGACCGCACAGAGCAUCCUGAAACGAGUGGAGGCCGAGCGAGAUGAGGCCACAGCAGACCUCCACCGCAUGACCACAGAGAGAGACAGCCUGAGAGAGAGACUCAAGAUCUCUCAGGAGACAGCCAUCAGCGAGAGAGCUCACCUGGAGCAGAGGGUGGAGGACCUGCAGGCUGCUGUACUCACACUGGAGCAGGAGCGAGGGGAACAGAGAAGCAGGCACGCUCAAAUGAGGGAGACCAUGAUGUGUCUGGAGGAGGAAGUUCAAGUACUUGGGCGAAAACUCAAUGCCAGUGAAGAAGAGCUCAGCCGCCUCAGAAAUGAGUGCAGCAGCCUCAGACUGGCAAAUAAUCAGUUGGAAAUCUCUCUGAGUGAGAAUCAGCGAAGACUAACCAGCAGGAUUGGAGAGCUACAAAACACUCAUGAGAGAAAUAAAAUGCUGGAUGAAAAGAAUGACUCUCUCCUGAGGCAGGUGACUGCUAUGCAAGAGGAAGUGAACAUGCUGCGGUGUACAGUCUCAGAGCUGGACCAGCAUAUAGACUCGCUGCAGGAACAACUGGAGAAAAAGGCAGACCUGCUCACCACAGCAAAUGACCAGCUAGAUGAGAAGGAGAAAACCAUUAGGAGCUUAAAACUGAGAACCGAGGAUCUUGAGACAACUCUAAUAACUAUGAGGGAGACCAUAGCUGGCAGAGAAAGAGAGCUGGAUGUUCUGAGGAGGAAGCUGUCUGACUCUGAAAGUGAGAUGGGCACAGUGAUGAAAGUCAAAGACGCCACAUUACAAGAGAACGGUCAGCUGAGGGGCGACUUUGACAAAGCACGUCUGGAAAUUCAGACUCUACAGCUCAAGCUGGAUGAAGCUAAUGAGGAUAUAGAAGACUUGCAGGAAAAAGUACAAGUUCACAUUGCUGACAUCUCACGCACUGAAGAUCUGUUGUCUGCUAAGGAGCGCGAGUGCAGAGAACUGCAAGAGUCUCGAAGGAAAGCGUCUCUUCAGAUGGAAAGCUGGGAGGAACAGGCCAGACAUGCUGAAACCACUGUCAUCGAACUCCGUCUUGAGCUUCACAACUCUAACUUAGAGAUACUUCGACUCAAAGAAAGAGCAGACAGCCUGGAGAGCAGCCUGCAACAGGCGCUGAGUGCAGAGCGGAGUUGUACUAGUCAGCUGUCUCAGCUGAACCGAAAGAUGAUUCACGUGGAGGAAGAUCUGCGUCAGGCCCAGACUGAGCGCACACAGGUGCAGACUGACCUGGAAAAAACACGGGAGCUCUGUGUCAAACUGGAUGCCAGCAAAGAAGCUGUGCAGCGUGAGCUGGAACCAUGCCGCUCUGAGAUUGAGCUGUUACAGAAGCAGCUGAGCGGUGAACGUCUGUCUGUUCAGACUUUAGAGAGCUUGCUGGUGUCUUCACGAGAAAAGGAGUUACAGAGGCAGCUCACCUCUCAGGAAAGACAGACCGAAGUACAAAUUCUCAAGGACAAACUCAGCAUGGCUGACAGCAAAGUGAGUUCUCAGAGUAGGGAAAUGGCUCAGCUGAGGACACGAUCAACCCAGCUGGAGGCAGAUCUUGAGAUGACCAAGAGACACCUGGCCACUGAGCGCUUUGAAAGGGAGCGUGCAGUACAGGAACUGCGCAGGCAAGGGCUCUCAGCUAUUUCUCCCGUCCUCUCCUCCACUCUGCGUUCGUCAUCCACUUCUCGUCAUCGCUCUCUGAGUCCUCACAGAUCAUUGUCUCCAGAACGCUCUCAUCACAGCACACCUGACCCACCGCUCGUGUCAUAUUACCCUGACAGGAGUCUGACUUUCAGAGACCUUUAUGACUGAGAAGAUCUCAAUACUCUAAUCUUCCAUUUUCCAUUCAUUGAUUUCAUCUGCUUUUGUCUUUGACAAUCAAUAGACUCGUAUAAGAUCUUAUAAGAUUUACUGUGACAUUGGUCAUGUAUUUCAAUAAAUCAAAUGUUUACUGUGAUUUUGACUGAAAAUGUUUGACAUUGACGCACACAGUAAUAUUGUAAAUAGUUUUGGAGGGGUUUCAUGAUAAUGGCUUUUUAUUUCUACAAAAAAAUGUGAUUCUGCUUGAUUCGUUUUAAUAGAAUUUUUAUUUAUUUAGAAUGUAGUUUUUUUUUUGUUUUUUUUUGUAUUACCACAACUUGCCAGUCCUCUUGAAUAAAAAUCUCCAUGUUUCUG